AUGGAUUUAAAAGACCAUAGCCAGCGGGCAGCGGCGGGCGGAACGACCGAGGGGCGACGCGGGAUGGGCGGCGGGUGCGGGGGUCCGUGCUUCCGCGUGGUGGAGGGCUGGGGUUCGCCGGAGACGCCGGGUUGCUCCGCGUUGCCAGGUUACCGAGAGCGUGCCCCGCGCCCGCUCUUCCGCCCGGGCCGCCCUCGGCGCCGCCUGAGCCGUGGGCGCUGCGUGAGGGACUCUCGUCGCUCGUGGACGGGGCGCGAGCGCGCGGGGGACGUAGGGCGCCGACCUGGGGCUCCCCGGCGCUCCGGCUCCGCUCAGGGCGCCCGCUCAGGGGCCUCCGGCGCGAGGCCCCCUUUCUGGUCAAGAUGGCGGCGUCCAGGCGGGCGGCGCCGAGGUGAGCUGGAGCUGGGCCCGGAGAGGGACGAGUCUGCCAAGCCCAGGACUUGGACCCCGGGCUGGUCUCCAGUCUCCCGGGGAGCGGCAGGGGUGUCCAGAGAAGGUAACUACUUUGCCCACGUCCUAAACUGCUCCGAGGGCGUCGUCAGCCCUGCUCCCGGGGCUCACAGUUUCUCCGGUAGUCGGCUUCAGCAGUGCGUAGAGAGAGCAGUGGACGACAGCUUCCGUCAGCAUCUUCUAUCAAGCAGUUUUGGAGUAGCACCUCAGAUGAAGACACUGAGGAAGAGAAAAGUUAAGAAUUUGCCUAUGAUCAGUUAUCCAUCUGUUCAGCCAGUGCACAAAUUACACUGCCCAACUCCAAGAUCAGGUCUUAUUCUUGAAGUUGUGACUGUAAUUCUAAUCAAUGUUUUAAUAACAUCUAUUUUUGAUCGUCACAUUAGACAAGAAAAUUUUAAUCAUUUUUACGAUCAAAAAUUUUCAAGCCAGUGUUUUUCAAAGAAUCUAGUUUCUUCUUUCUUUGGCACACAAAAACUCAUUGCAGUAUCAUCUGAUGAUGUGUAUGAGACUGAUUUCGUUCCAAGUUGGUGGUUGCUUUUGUAAGGUAUGUCCCAAUAAUGAUGGUAGAAGGCACAGACUGUGGUAGAGCCUUCACAUCCACUAGGCGGUCAUAUCAUCUUUACAUGAAGACAGAGAUGGGCAGGUAACCACCUAAACCCACGCUGACAAGGUCUCCUGGGACUCCCGCCCCUGACCUGCUGUAUCUUUGCUCUGGAUCAUUAGUUCUUGUAGCAGUCCUAGCAAUCUCUUGUUCACCAUGAGCAUUGGCAUACUCGCCGCUGGCUGUUGCACAAGUUGAUGCCCGCUGGCUGAAUGGCGAGAGAACUUUGAUGGACCCAUGGGUGUGGCGUUUCUCACUGUGUCUGCCAUCCGAGACCACUUUUGACCUUUUGUCUGACUCUCUCUCUCUCGGGUAACCUUCCUGGGAGACCCUAGAGAGGCUUUGUGGCUGAAUGUGAAUAGUUGCAGGGUUCUGGGUAACCCAGGCUGUACCAGGCAGCCCCAAGGGUUGAGGGGAUCAUUAUCUCAUGUCCCACUUACAAACAUUAGAUUCAGAACUGUAUACCUAAGCAGACUGCUUGGUACCCUCUGAUUCAGGUAUGUGACUUAAAACAGCCUUGAAGAACUUUGAAAGUCAUAUAAAAAAUGGCAAACUUCUCUAUUUUACCCUUUCUUUACCUAGACUAAACCUGCAGCCUCACAGGAGCUGAGAACAUAUUUAUUCUUUAUCUUUUACUUAAGACACUCAGCAGGAAGGUAACACACUUUGAAUGAAAAAGGACAAUUCAAGUUAGGUUGGUGCUUUGCCUAAGCCAGAAAGGUUUAGGGAGAGAAAUUGAGGAUGAAGAACAAAAGAGACGAGCUUUUUUCUUUUCUUUUUUUUUAACCUCUCAUGGUUUGACUUAAUUCUAUUAUUUGAAUGAUUUUGAAUUGAUUUGGACACACCCACAUUUAAAUAUAAGUUCCAAAAUGCAUUCUAAAGUCAAAUGGAAAGUAAUUUGUGUGGUCUUGUUAUGAAAAUAAUUGUUUUAUUCUCUGUAUACUCCAGUCUCUUCACUCAUUUAUUCAUACUUGUAUUCAUCUAUUUACACAUCAUUCAUAUAUUCACAAAAUAUUUGUUACUGUGGAUACUAUCCCUGGUAUUGAUCUAGGUGCUGAGCUGGAAAGGUGAAAAAGUCAUUAUCAUUACCUUGGAGGGUCUCCCAGUCUUGAGGGGAGUCAUAGAGGUUAACACAUAAUUAUUGUACAGUUGGACAAGUAUCAUUAUAGUCUUAUGAACAGAAUAUCAGGAGAAAAAUAUUUUAUUUAGUCUUAUUAUGUAUUUGAGUAUUCACCUGCCCAAGAUGGAAAUCUAUCUAAUAGAGUUUGUGCUUUUAAGGACAUAAUUCAACAUGAUAUUUUUUAUUUGCUGAGAUCUUUUCUCCAUGAAGUGAAUUAGGAGCCCAGGCUUCUUCUGUGUCCUGACUCUAUUUCCUAGGGCCUCAAAGCCUUUGGAAUGUAGUUGGAAGACAGAGGAGAAAAGGGUGUAGAGGCUCUGCUCUUACUCACUCCAUCCCAGAAGUGGCAUUCAUUACCUUUGCUCACAUUCCAUUGACAGGGUAUACAUGCAGGAGGUGCUGGGUCCUGCAGCCCUGGCAAGUUAACGUCUAGCAAUAGUUUUACACAGACGAAGGCUAGGAGCUCUUUGCUGAAUUGCUCACAUUCUCUGGACAAAAGUAAGGAAGUCUGUGGCUGUUUAUCCCCUUCUCAAAUAUAUGCUUCAUUUUUUUCCAUCCCUCUAACUCUAAUCAUGGGCAGCAAUAUUUCUUCAAUAUUUUAUCCACUCACACUGUCCAGGGAGGUUUCUUUGGCACAACAAGCAAGGCACACUGGGUUUAUUUUUAUAGCACAUUUCCCACAGUCGUAUCAGAUAAAAUGCAUUACAUCUCACCAGGUGACUGCUGAGUAAUCUCACAACUGUGGCUUCCAUGUGAAAGGCAGAGAUGAUUAGCUUCCAAGGUGUUUGUGGGCCAGAAUUGCUCUGCUUCCCUUAACUAGGUAGGUUAGUCCCUGUUCGAGUUCUUUGAGCUUUGUAUACUGUUCCCUUGAUUCACAGGAAGAAAUCAUAGACUUAAUAGUCUGGUUGUGAGGAUUAAAUGAGAUAUUUUAUAUAAAUUGCUAAGCAUGGCUUUAGGCACAUAUAGAAAGCAAUCCAUAAUUGAGGCUCUUGUCAUUGCUAAUUAAGGAUAGGAUAUUAAGCGAAAAUGGAAGUGUCCUUUUUGUGGAGGAGGAUGAUAUACUGAAACAUUUAAACGUAUUAUUUCCUGUAACUAAUUUCUAAUGAGAUUUCAAUGUGUGCUUGCUGUCUGAUUCCCCAAGAGAAUGGAUUUUCUCCCUCACUUUAUCACAUAGAUAUUGCCUGAAUAAGGUCCUAAUACCUGUAACUGAAUUCACUUUUAGGAUUGCACUAUCCUUUAAGAGGCAGCAAAAUAUAUUAAUAAAGAGUGUUAGUUCUAAACUCAGAUUUCAAGUUCUAGCUGGGUUACUUAUCAGCUGUGUGACCUUGAUCAACCUGUUUCUGAAUCUGUGAAUGUUAGCCAGUGAUAUUCCUUUCUAGGGACAUUAUGCUGGGAAUGAGAUGAUUUAUAUAAAACACUUAGCAGAGAAGAUGGCAUAGAGCAAGUACCUAAUACAUGUUACUUUAAUCAUGAUGAUUACACAGAAUAUUGGGAUUGGGGUCAGAUGACCUGAGUUUAUAUCUGUGUUCUGUUGCUUUUAAUCUUACUGAGCCUCGGUCUCCUCAUCCAUAAAAUUGGGCUAAUAAUAUUCUCUUCACACAGUCGUUAUGGUGAUUUUAACGUAUGUGAAAGUUCAUAGAAUAUUGCCUAGAACCUGUAAAAUAUUAAAUACGUGUUAAAAUUAUUUUCUUUUAUUUGCGGUAUCUGUGGCCCUAGGCAAGUUGAUCUGCCUCUCAUAUUGGUUAUGCCUCCUACUUGGCCUGUUAUAGUUAACAUCAAAAAAAAAAAAAACCAGGGUUUCCCUGGUGGCGCAGUGGUUGAGAGUCUGCCUGCCGAUGCAGGGGACACGGGUUCGUGCCCCGGUCCGGGAAGAUCCCACAUGCCGUGGAGCGGCUGGGCCCGUGAGCCAUGGCCGCUGAGCCUGUGCGUCCGGAGCCUGUGCUCCGCAAUGGGAGAGGCCACGACAGUGAGAGGCCCGCGUACCGCAAAA